CUAGCGCCCUCCGAGAUCACAUAAAGAACAUCAAAGAACUAAUUGUAAAACUUCAAAUUGUGCCUGUGAUUUAUUAUUGUCAACGUUCUUUUUGUGGCUUCGUGUAAUUUUAUUUGCUUGACUUAUUUUCUAUCGAAUAUACCCAUGAGUACACAAGCUUCUUCUGCAAAAAUGAAAGAAUUACGUUUACCAAUCUCAAGGGUAAAAACAAUUAUGAAGAGUUCUCCUUAUGUUGAUACUGUCGGACAGGACGGAUUGUAUUUGGUUACAAAAGCUACGGAACUCUUUAUACAUUAUCUAACAGAGGAGGCACAUAUGCAGAAUAACAAAGGAUCUUCUUUGGAUUAUAAACACUUGGCAGAAGUGGUGCAGACAAAUGACACACUGGAAUUUCUCAGAGAGAUAAUGCCCAGAAAGAUUACAGUCAGACAAUUUAAGGAAAUGAUGGCAGCCAAGAAUGCGUCUCACAGUAGUUCCUCUGAGAGUAGCUCAGACUCAGACAGCGAUAGUGAUACGGAUACAGAUUCCUGCUCGGACAGUGACGAAACAAAAGCAGAAAAUGGGAACACAUCAGGCAGUGAGCGAGAAAGUGAAACUAAAGAGAACGGUGCUUGUCAUUCAGAUAGUGAAAGCAGUGUAAAAAGUGAUAGCGAGGACAACAAGAGAUGAGUAUCAUUGAUCUCUUUAUGUCCAACAGAUAGACGCUUUGAUUAUUUAACAAAUUUAUGGAUUGUUUUUUAAAUUAUCUGUAUAGAUCUAUUAAUAUAAAGAUCUACUAAUAUCAA